AUGCAACGCCGAGUAGUUGUCACUGGCCUUGGGGCCAUCACCCCUCUGGGGGUUGGCAUCCGCCGUUCAUGGCAACGACUUCUCGACGGCGAGUCGGGUAUCGCAAGCGUGGCGCACUUUGAGCCACAGAGCAAAUGGUCUGGCCUGACUAGCACUGUGGCUGGCGUUGUCCCUACCACCGUGGAGGAGACUGGUCACGAGGCCGGACUGUGGCGGGCAUCAGAUUGGAUGAGUGCCUCGGAAGAGCGCCGCAUGUCCAAGUUUGCCCAGUUCGCCGUAGCCGCAUCGGAAAUGGCCAUGAAAGAUGCUGGCUGGAGGCCUACGUCGCAGAGUGACCUGGAGGCCACCGGCGUUUGUCUUGGGAGUGGGAUAGGCAAUCUGGAUGAGAUGUACAACACAAGUCUUGCAUAUGAGAAAGAGGGAUACAAAAAGGUGUCGGCGUACUUUGUGCCAAAGAUCCUCAUCAAUUUGGCCGCAGGCCAUAUAGCAAUGAAGUACGGCUUUCAGGGGCCCAACCACUCUGUCACGACGGCUUGCACGACUGGAGCGCACUCCAUCGGCGAUGCGUCGCGGUUCAUAGCUUGCGGUGAUGCCGAUGUUAUGAUCGCGGGCGGAGCAGAGUCUUGCAUCCACCCUCUGACAUUUGCGGGCUUCGGCCGUUCCAGAUCGCUGGCCACUUCCUUCAACCAUGACCCUGCAGCGAGCUGUCGGCCCUUUGACAAAGACAGGGCCGGCUUCGUCAUUGCCGAAGGCGCGGCCACUGUCGUAUUGGAAGAGCUAGAGCAUGCCAGAGCGCGCGGGGCACGUAUUCUGGCCGAAGUCAGGGGCUACGGGUGUAGCGGCGAUGCUUAUCACAUGACGGCACCCCGUGAGGAUGGGAGAGGUGCCUUUUUGGCUAUGAGACGGGCGCUGAGGAAUGCCGGGAUCAGACCCAAGGAGGUCGACUACAUCAAUGCUCACGCAACCAGCACACCAAUCGGGGAUACAGCCGAAGUUGCUGCGAUCAAAUCAAUCAUGCUGGGCGAAGAUGGCGUUUCCAGCGAGUCCGAGGUCACGGUCAGUAGUACCAAAGGAGCUAUUGGACAUAUGCUUGGGGCAGCAGGUGCAAUCGAGGCUGUUCUUUCGAUCUUGUCCAUCGUCGAGGAUGUCGUGCCCGCGACACGCAAUCUCUACUCGCCCAAAGUCAACGCAGGAUUUAACUUUGUACCGCAUCACCCUCAGGAAAAAGAGGUGAACGUGGCCAUGUCCAAUAGUUUCGGUUUCGGAGAGAGCACAUCGGCCAUGGCUUGUCGAAGCUGCAGGUCGUCAUUCGACCUCCUGACGGGGCUCGUCGGACCCGCUCCUUCCAGGAGGGCCUCCAAUGCCUUUCUGCGCAACAGCAAACCCUCCCGCGUCCUGUCGGUCCAGGCCCGGAGCUUCCACCGGACGCAACAGCGGCGCAGCCAGAACGAUGUGCCCAAGCCGGCCUCGACGCAGGAGCAAAGCUCCGGGGUGAUGGACAGCAUAACGGGAGCCGCGGCAAGGAUAAUGCAGAGGACGGCCGAGCCGUACCGCGUCUACGGCAUGACAGAUCAGCUCUACAAGAGCUGCUCGAAGCAGGCGGCGUACAAGAUCUCCAAGGAGGACCGCAAGAACGGUACAGUGGCAACGACGGAAGAUGGCGAAGAGAUUGGCGUUGGCGGCGGCACAUGGCACGAUGUAACGCGCCUCCGCUGCCUCGAGAAGGAGGGCUUUCUCCACUGGCAGGCCCAGCUCGUCGACCACUUCUUCCACGAGGCCGAGGACAAGAUGGACCUCGUGCACAACAUCUCGUCGCGCAUGAUACGGCAGCGCUACCUCAAGGACCUCUUCCACGAGUGGCGGGGGCUCAUCCUUGCCUACGACGAGGGCGUCGUCAAGGGCGACGCCGUGCUGGCGGCGGCCGUGUGGAGGAACCUGUUCAAGGCGCGCGAGGACGUCGACCUGCGCUCGCUCGCCGCCAUUGUCAGCUGGAUGCGCCACUCGCAGCGCCAGCUCGACCAGAUGGAGGAUGCCGCCAUCAUGUUCCACGGCACCUCGGCGUUCAAGUUCCCGGCCAAGUCGGAGCUUCUCGUGGUGGACAGGCCCAGCCAAGGACUGGACGGAACGUUGGCCUCGCAGCUGUCUCAAAAUUAG